UGGCUGGUCAAGAGCGAGCCAAUGCCUCGAGUAGACGCCAAAACGGGCAAGACAGUCAAGUUUUCGAUCGCCGACCUGGCCAACGUCGAGAGCGAGUCAUGGGACGGCGUGCGCAACUGGGAGGCGCGCAACUAUCUCAUCCAGAUGGCCAAGGACGACAUCUGCCUCUUCUACCACUCGAAUUGCAAGAACCCAGGGAUUGUCGGAAUCUGCAGAGUUGCCGAGACAGCCAAGCCGGACGAGUCGCAGUUCGACCCAAACUCGCCCUCGUACGACCCCAAGGCAACACGGGACCAGCCCCGGUGGUGGUGUCCCGCGGUGACGUUUGUGUGCUUACUCAACAGGAAGCUAAGUCUUGGGGAGCUGCGCGCGACCAAAGGCCUCGAGGACAUGUAUCUGCUGAAACGCGGCCGUCUGAGCGUGACACCCGUGAGCGAAAAGCAUUUCUGGCGUCUCAUGGAGGUG